AAGGGGUGGAGAGAGAGAGAGAGAGAGAGAGCGAUCCUGCCCUCCUUCUCCUCAGUGCAGAGGCAGCUAGGGUCCCUGCAGCAUUACCGGAGCUUCGAGUGUCUCAUCAUCAAAUCCAACACCGAAACCGUCGCGUACAGCCGGAUAAAGAGAGUCACGUUAUUUCUGCACAGCGGGAUUUUGGAGAUUUUUACACCAACAAAGAGGACAAAGAGUAAACUUUUUUUUAUCUUCAAUUCUUUUACAAGAAAAAAUUGUUUGCGAUAAAUAAGGAGAGACUAUUUCCAAAGAAAAACAAAAAAUCGUAUAUGUAUGCGUAAAAAAAUGUUUGUCUUUAAUCAAUGAGGAUUUUCGUUUUUUUUUUUUUUUAAUCCCAAUUCUGCAAAACGCGUUAUUUCCGCAGAUCCGAUCCGUUAUUUCCGAGCCGCUUUGAUCAUUUGAAUUCUCGUCCAAGUGGAUGUUUGUUCCCGUCGGAUCAGUGAGGCCAUCAUAGAUGUGCCAUCUAGAGACUUUGCGCAUCAUCAUCAUCAUCAUCCUCAUCAUUCUUCUCCUCCUCCUCUUCCUCUGCUUCUUUUCGACGCGACUUGAGAUUUCCGAACUCUAUAAAUCGAAGAAGGAGGAGUCUUAACUUUUUUCUUUAAGGGUGGGAACUUUGAUUUUUUUUUUUUUUUUUUUGCUCUAGCGAGUUCUGUGCGGUGAUGAUGAUGAUGAUGAUGUCUGUGAACAGCAGUAGCAAGCAGGCGUUUGUUAUGCCUCAUACCUCUUUACCCGAGCCCAAGUACUCUUCCUUGCAUUCUUCUUCUCCUCCGACUUCUUCCUCGUCUUUAGCCUCAUCCACCUCGUCCAACACUUUGACUUCGGAAUCGCAGUCGUUGUCCUGCUCGUCCUCUCGACACAACAGCAGCACGAGCAUCAUCAGCACCAGCAUCAGCAGCAGCAGCGUGAGCUCGGAGGCAAUGCGCCGAGCGGGUCUCCCGACCCCACCGAGCAACAUAUUCGGCGGCUUGGAUGAGAGUCUACUGGCCCGCGCCGAAGCUCUGGCGGCGGUGGACAUCGUCUCCCAGACCAAAAGUCACCACCAGCACCAGCAGCACCACCAUCACCCUCACCACCCUCCGCAUCCUCACCAGUCUCACCCACCACCUCACCACAGCCCCUUUAAGCCAGACGCGACAUACCACGCCAUGAACGCGUUGCCGUGCACCUCCUCGACCUCCUCGUCCUCGUCGUCCUCGUCUUCCGUGCCAAUCUCACACCCGUCUGCGCUGGGCGGCGGAGGAAACGGAGGCCACCACCACCACCACCAUCACCACCAUCACCAUCACCCCCAGCCUCACCAAGCGCUCGAAGGGGAUCUCCUUGAGCACCUGAGCCCAGGCCUGGCGCUCGCAGGUGCAGCAAUGGACGGCUCGGUGGUGUCCACACCGGCGGCCCACAUGAACCACCCCAUGCACCAGGCGGCCAUCAACAUGGCGGCGGCGGCGGCGGCUCACGCCCACGCCCACGCGCACGCACACGCCCACGCGCACGCCCACGCACUCCCGUCAGCGCACCACCUGGGCUGCCCGAGCGACGUGGACGCCGAUCCGCGGGACCUCGAGGCGUUCGCCGAGCGCUUCAAGCAGCGGCGCAUCAAGCUCGGCGUGACACAGGCAGACGUCGGCGCGGCGCUCGCCAACCUCAAGAUCCCAGGCGUGGGCUCGCUCAGCCAGAGCACGAUCUGCCGCUUCGAGUCACUCACCCUGUCGCACAACAACAUGAUUGCGCUCAAGCCCAUUCUACAGGCGUGGCUCGACGAGGCCGAGAAGUCACACCGCGAAAAGCUCAGCAAGCCCGAGCUCUUCAACGGCGCCGAGAAGAAGCGCAAGCGCACGUCCAUCGCGGCGCCCGAGAAGCGCUCCCUCGAGGCCUACUUCGCCAUUCAGCCACGUCCCUCGUCCGAAAAAAUCGCCGCCAUCGCCGAAAAGCUGGACCUCAAAAAGAACGUAGUGCGCGUCUGGUUCUGCAACCAGAGGCAGAAACAAAAACGCAUGAAAUACUCAGCGUGCGUGUAAAAACAAAACAAAGCAAAAAACAACAUAAUAAAGUUUCACUCUUUUAAAAGACUUCACGAACUGUUUGUAUGACAUUUCUUAAACCUCACAUCAUUUUUGCUUUUUGUUCAUUUUUGUUUUUUAAAUUCCCCCUGAAUCAUCUGUGCACUGAAGCAGACUGUCAUUCUGACUGCAAACACCAAACAAAAAAAAAAAAAAAAAAUCACUGCACUGUCACGUCAAAACAGGAUGUGGAGGCAUUUUGAAAAGGACCGGACCAAGUAAGACCUUGUUUUUCCCCUUUUUUGAUAUUUGACAUGGUCAGGAAUUUUAAAAGAAUUUGUGAGGCUCUCUAAAGCCUCAAUCAGAUUGUUUUUUGCUUUUUUUGAGGGGAGGGGGCACUUUUUCGUGUAGAGGAGCUAAGAAUGGACGAUGAAUAUAUUAAAUAAUAAUGGAGAAAAGAGGACAAAUGUUCACAAAUAAGACUUUUUAUAUUAAUUCUAUGAGUAAUAAUAUUAGACUAAGGAUGAGUGCGAAAUCGAAGAGGUGGAACGUGUUUAAUUAAAAUC